AUGAUUUUUUAUAUUAUAAUCAUAUUUGUUUUUUACGUUCUUUAUAGAAUAGUUUUGAAACCAUUGAUACCAUUAUUGAUAUUGAAGCUUUAGUUUGGAAAGGAGGCUUAUUUAUGGUAUGCACCAAUUUGGGGCUUGUUGAAAUACAAUUUUAGAUCAUUAAAAUAAAAUGGUGAUUUUUUUGAUGAUUUAAGAAAGAGGAUGAGAGAAAAUCCCCAAGUAAAGAUCUUAUUGACAAAUUUUUUGGAUAAACCAUUCAUAAAUUUCGUAGAUAGUGAAUAUAUUAAGAAAAUGUAUUUGGAAUAUUAAAAUUUCCCAAAGUUUAAUCUACUUAGAUAUGAGUAUAAUAUGAAUUAUAUCUAGCAACUUGAUUGAUAAAGGAUUGUUAAUGACCGAAGGUGAAGAAUGGAGAUAUUAGAGAAACCUAUUAGGAUCAGCCUUUACUUUUGAGAAAUUAAAGUCAAGAAUUCCUAUGAUUAAUUAAACUGUAAAAGAAAGAUGUAUUUUGGAUCCAAAAACCAAUUCUUUUGAUUUCAUUUCAUGGAUAACAGGAGAAGUAGUUAUUCAGAGUUUUUUUGGUGAGAUUGCCAAAGGAUUAACUCUAAAUGGGAGACCAGGACAAGUAGAAAUAGUAAAACUAGUUGCGGAUAUGAUGUUGUAACGAUUUAAAAAUGCUUACACUUAAAUUAAAUUAAUGAUACUAGGUAACAAAGGAUGGAGAAUAUUGGCAACUAAAAAGGAAAAAGAUAUAAAUAAUAGGGUGGAUACGCUUAGAAACACUGUUAAGUAACUAAUUGAAACAAGGAUACAAUAGUUAAAAGGAGAAACUGACGAAAGAAAGGAGAAAUAUAAAGAUUAAUGUUUUUUAGAUAUUUAUUUAUGUGAAUUAUUGAAAUAAUAAAAUGAAGGAAAUAAAAAGAACAUAGAUUUCGAACCAGUACUUUAAUAGUUUUUGACAUUGUUUUUUGCUGGAACUGAUACAACUGCAACAAUGACUGUAACUUGUCUGGUUUAUUUGGCAAAAUAUCCAGAUGCUCAAAAUGAAUUAUUAGAGGAGAUUCAAGCUUUAAUGUAAGAUAAAGAUGUUUAGGAUACUCAUCUUCCAAAACUUGUGAAAAUGAAUGCAUUUAUAAAUGUAAAAUAUAUUAUAAUUUUUUAGGAAGUCUUCAGAUUAAGGAAUCCAGCCUUUUCCCCUUUUGUAAGGUUGGUUUAAUAGGAUAUGUAAUUUCUUGACAUCAAACUUAAGAAAGGUAUGAUGUAAUUAAUACAUCAUAGGAUGGAUGGUAGUCCAAAGACAUGAUAUUCCUGUUAUUCGAAAUGAGCAUUUUAGUAAUCCUGAAGUAUUCGAUUACAAGAGAUGGUUGACUGGUCAAGGAGCAAUCCAAUCAGAUAAUGGUUUUGUUCACAUUCCAUUUGGAGCAGGAGGAAGAAAUUGCAUAGGUCAACAUAUGGCUUAAAUGGAAUUAAAAAUCAUUUUAUGUCAUAUCAUUAGAUAGUUCUAAGUUAGUCUUAACCCAGAUGUUCAACUUAAGUUUGGUAUCAGGUUUCUCUAUGGUGCAGAACCAGAUAAUUGUUUGAUCUAUAAAACAAGGAGAUGAG